CUCAGCCCCGCCCCUCGGCCGCUGUCUAUCUCCGGGAGGCGGCAACCGCCCCUGCUUGGCCCUUCCCGGUUGGCCGGGCCGGCGGCUCCUCGCUUCUGUGGUGACCAUGGGGGACCCCAGCAAGCAGGACAUCCUGACCAUCUUCAAGCGCCUCCGCUCGGUGCCCACCAACAAGGUGUGUUUUGACUGCGGGGCCAAGAACCCCAGCUGGGCAAGUAUCACCUACGGCGUGUUCCUUUGCAUCGACUGCUCGGGGUCACACCGGUCACUGGGGGUCCACUUGAGCUUCAUCAGAUCCACCGAGCUGGAUUCGAACUGGUCUUGGUUUCAGCUGCGGUGCAUGCAGGUUGGAGGAAACGCUAAUGCGUCUUCCUUUUUCCAUCAACAUGGCUGUACCACCAAUGACACCAAUGCCAAGUACAACAGUCGCGCGGCUCAGCUCUAUCGGGAGAGAAUCAAGUCGCUGGCCUCCCAGGCGACACGGAAGCACGGCACUGAUCUGUGGCUUGAUAGCUGUGCGGCUCCGCCUUUGUCCUCUCCACCAAAAGAGGAAGAUUUCUUUGCCUCUCAUGCUUCUCCCGAGGGGAGUGCCCCGGGGUGGACCUCAGCACCACCAGAACCAUCUGCUUUGCCAUCAAGGAAUGUGGAGGCCACUACAGCUAAUAAUGAAGGUGGACCAGAGCAAGGACCAAGUGUGGAAGGUCAAGGGCCAAGUGUGGAAGGCCUUAACGCACCCACAAAGCCUGCUUUAGAAGUGUCCUCUAUCAUAAAAAAGAAACCAAAUCAAGCUAAACGAGGACUUGGGGCCAAAAAAGGAGGCUUGGGAGCCCAGAAACUGACGAAUACGUGCUUUAAUGAAAUUGAGAAACAAGCCCAAGCUGUAGAUAAAAUGAAGGAACAAGAAGACCUUCUGGCCAGGGCGGCACCUAAGGAAGAAUCAAUCGUUUCAUCCCUGCGAUUAGCCUAUAAGGAUCUUGAAAUUCAGAUGAAGAAGAACGAGAAGGCGACCAUGAGUGGCCAAAAAAAGAUAGAGUCAGAGAGACUCGGCAUGGGGUUUGGAAACUGCAGGAGUGGUAUUUCACAUUCCGUGACUUCCGAUAUGCAAACCAUUGAACAAGAGACGCCAAUCAUAGCAAAGUCAAGAAAGAAGUACAGUGAAGACAGUGAGGACUCAUACUUUACUUCCAGCUCCAGGUACUUUGACGAGCCGAUGGAGCUGAGGAGCAGUUCUUUUUCCAGCUGGGAUGACAGCUCAGAUUCCUUCUGGAAAAAAGAAACCAUCAAAGAUACCGACGCUGUCCUGAAAUCCACGGGCUAUUCAGACAGACCUACUGCCCGCCGUAAACCAGACUAUGAGCCAGCUGAGAAUACAGAUGAGGCCCAGAAGAAGUUUGGCAACGUCAAAGCCAUCUCAUCAGAUAUGUACUUUGGAAGACAAGCCCAAGCUGAUUAUGAAACCAGGGCCCGGCUGGAGAGGCUUUCCGCCAGUUCCUCCAUCAGCUCGGCAGACCUGUUUGAUGAGCAGAGGAAGCAGACGGCAGGAAGCUACAACCUCACGAGCGUGCUGCCCACUGCGCCCGACAUGGCCCAGUUUAAGCAGGGAGUGAGAUCCGUUGCCGGAAAGCUCUCGGUCUUUGCUAACGGAGUCAUGACUUCCAUUCAGGAUCGCUACGGUUCCUAACACCGACCCGGUGUCCAGUGUUGCCAGGGGAAGGGCCUCUCGACGCGAACCAGCGAGCACGUCGCAGGCCGCAGUGAAGACCUGGCAGUUCUGCAGAAUGUUCUGCUGCUUUUUCACAUGGUAUAACAUACCCUCCUGAUUUUUAAUGUUUCCCUUGAGAAAUUCUCAUUUUUUAUGUAGUCGAAGCUUUAUCGUAAUUUCUGUUUUGCGCUCCUUCCUGCACACAUCCCUCCUUUUGGCAUAUCCGCGUGUAGCUCGCUUCGCUUCUGCGGGGGCUGGUUCAGCAGCUGGGGGUCUGGAGAAAAGGGCUUCUCCCACCUCUGAGAGCUGAGAGCCUUCAUUCCAGGACGGGGGUCCCAGUGCUGUGUGACCCAGGGCUCCGGGCUCCCUGAAGCAGCCGACGCCCCAGAGGCCCGGAGAACCCAACUCACAGCACGCGUUUCAUUAAAAGGGAGCAAAGAAUAAAAGCGAAAGACCAAAAAUGUCGAAUUUGGCAGAUUGCUUCAUUUCUCCUCCCACAUGUUACGGUGAUUUCGAAAUAAUGUUUAAAGUCGUCUGUCCCUGUGUAUGAUCUGUACAUUCAAAAAUAAUUUACAGCAAGGACUUUUAACAGACCUAAGCUUCUGCAUUGCCAAGGGAAUUAAUCUUCUGACACGGUGUUGCUGUUUGAAUUUAUGGGAGAUGUAAGCUGAGAGACUCUCCCGAGUGUGUUAACAAUCCACAUGGUGGACAGAAUUUCAGAUGCAUAAGGUAAGAAGACAGACCCACGGAUGGAUCAAUAUCUCAGUACUCGGGAGAACGGUAGUUGUAACUGGGUAGUUUUGUUAAUAUUUUUUGUCUUAAUCUUGGUUUUCAAAAAAUUACAGGAUGUGUAUACAUGAAUAAAGAAAACUAAUUUGGCUGUGUUUUAGACAGCGUUAGAAUAUACUGUUCAGCACAGUAAAAUAUAUUUGAAAUCUGAUGAACCAGAAAUGUGGUUUCAACUGAAUAUUUUGUGACUUUUUCGUAAAAGAUCAAAUUUGUAGACCUCUAAAUAUAAUAAACCCUUGCAGCAGAUCGCA